CAUAUGGGAAACAAAGGCGUGAAACAGGUUCUUCGUUUCAUGUAGGUCCUGUAACAGCUGUCACAUGUACGUCUUUUCCACGCUCAUUUUUCACGCUUUAGUCUACGUGAAAAUCAGAUAUAGCACGCUGUUGUCAUAAUAGUGAAACACGCUACUGGUUGGAGUCUGGACGUUAUCUGGACCGAGUGUUUGAGUAACACAGUUUGGUGCUAUAUUUGGUACGCAAUGCGUUUGGAUGGACUGGAUACAGCUGGCAGCCUCCACCGCUGUAAGUUGGUGGUAUAGCCGGGCGACCAUCUCUUGAAAAAUGGCUGAGGACUACGAAUAUUACGGCAACACCAACGCGAGUUUCUCACCAUGGACGCAAGCGAACACUACAAGCGUGUACGACCACACUACAACAGCAGGUUUGGGGAACGGUAUGGAUGAGUUUAACAAGAGUUUCGCGGCUACAGUCGGCAGGAGUGUUGUAUUGGCGGUUGUCCUGUUGCUGUCCCUGGUUGGAAACGUUCUCGUUUGCUACGUUUUCGUCAGGAAACCCGUCAUUCUAGCGGACGUGGGGCAUCGCUUCGUCCUUAACCUGGCCUGCUGUGACAUAGGUAUUACUCUUCUAGUCAUCCCCUUCUCUCUGACGUCAUCCAUCUACAACCAAUGGGUGUUCGGUCCUGAGUGGUGCCAGGGUCAGGGGUUCAUCGGUAACCUGCUGUUCUGUGCGUCCAUCCUGACGCUGGCCGUGGUCUCCGUGGACCGCUUCUCCGCCAUCCUACGGCCGCUGCAGUACAACAGCACCUUCACGUCCAGGUGGUUCGGUCGGCGUCAUCGCUGCAGUUUGGGUGACUUCCGCAUGUGUCGCUUUACCACCGCUGGUCGGGUGGGGGAGGUACGGCUAUCAGGCCGCCAAGUUUCACUGCACGUUAUCCUGGCUGGAAGACAAAAACAUCAGCUAUGCUCCUUUCCUAAUCGUAGUAGCCGGGGCUGUGCCUAUCGUGGUAAUGUUAAUUGCCUACGGGUGGAUAGGACAGACUGCCUUCAGCCACAGACGCCGACUCAACAGGUCCAAAUACAGCCACAUUCCUGUAAUAAAGCGACGAGCGGGCCCACGUACCGCAAACAAGACUGCAAAGCCGCCAGGACGAUUUUCUGUAUAACCUCCGGGUUCGUGGUGUGUUGGGUCCCGUACCUCGUGGUCACGAGCGUGGAGCUAGGCGGUCUGGAGGUACCGGCAGACGUGGAGACGGCGGCGGUGUGGCUACGCUUCAUCGCCUGCGUCGUGAACCCCUUCAUCUACGGUUACAUGAACCGGAUCAUCCGCAAAACGGUUUGGAAACUGUUUAGAAGAAAGGCGGUGGAUCAGGGCACGAUUACGACUGUAGUAGGGACGGAUGAUCUCUGGAACUCCGCGACGGCUGCGCCGGCACAACUCACGGCAGCGAACACACAGACUUCCCGGCUCUCCAACGUGAACUUGAUAAACGACAGAGCCAAUGCGGAUAACAGAACAGUCAGAGAACAGGAACUGCGGAGGAGUGACACUGUUGUAAGGUUUGCUGACGAAGCGGACACGAUCGUUGCAGCGCCGAUAGAGGAACACAGUUUAGACAGGGAGGUUUCUGACGAACAGCGGCCAGAGGACCUACCAGGGGUCCCUCUGCCGACACCGUCUGAAUGA